AUAUUACAUACGAAACGACUCACAAUCACAUCAGUCGUUCACAAAACUUGCUAGAGAAAAUACAUUCUUAAUCAAAAAAUAAAAAAAACUACUGACUAACGGUGCUUUCGCCAAUAAGCCAAAACAAACGCAAAACUUUUGUUAAUAGCCAAAACAAUCAAUGUUAAUAAAUUUACAAUUCACCACAAAUAAUGGAAGGACAAACAUUAAUUUCUAGCCAAAAUCCAUUUGGAAUACCCGCUCCUCUCUAUUCGUCCUAUCACACACCACCGUAUUCCCUGAAUACUGGCAGCAGUUCAUGGCCCGAGUACACAUAUCAUUAUCCAACUAGUAUGAGUGAAGAUGUUCUACAAAUGCAACAACAGUUGAGAUUUCCCACACCACCUAUAACACCUCCCAGGAAUUUGCACCCAACUGGAGAACAAUCUCAACGAGGAGAAGAACAACCAGAAGCUGAACAUCAAAAAUCGAACGUGCACGACCAAGAAGUAUUUAAUCCAACACCUCAGCGUACACAAUCGGUCAUUAUGAAAAUUGGCCAUGGUCAAAGUCCACAUCACCUGCCAACUGAAGCGUAUAAUGGCCACAUAGAUCAUCACAUUGAGGAUAGCCAUAAUCUAAAUCACAAUGACACACCAAGUAGUGGCACUUCGUCACCAAGUUCAAAUAAUGAUUUCGUAUGCGAUUGGAUUGAUUGUGGAAGAUGCUUUGAAAGUUUGGAAUUUUUGGCCAUACAUGUUACGCAAAUACACGCGGUUGCCUCUCUGACAGACGGUCUCUACUAUUGCCGUUGGUCUGGCUGCCAUCGCACUCAACGGGGUUUCAAUGCCCGCUACAAAAUGUUGGUUCACGUCCGAACCCACACAAAGGAGAAACCACAUCAAUGUCAUCUGUGCGAUAAACGUUUCAGUCGGGCGGAAAAUCUUAAGAUCCACAUACGCUCUCAUUCGGGAGAAAAGCCAUACAUUUGCACAUAUGAAGGAUGUAAUAAGGCCUACUCGAAUUCGUCGGAUCGCUUCAAGCAUACACGCACUCAUUCAAUGGAAAAACCGUACAUGUGUAAGGUGCCCGGUUGUCAAAAACGUUAUACUGAUCCAUCCUCGCUGAGAAAGCAUGUGAAGACAUUUAAACACUCAAUACAAAUAAUGGAUUCUAAGACAACAGCAACAACAACAACACCCCCACCAUCAUAUCUACAGCAACAACAACAAUACCAUCAUUCACAACAACAAAGAAGUAGUUUAGAUGAAUCUCGAUUCUCUCCUUUGGAACACAAUGACAACCAUUACCCACCAUCGUAUCAUUUAAUUAUGACCGCAGCUCCAACAGCCAUUCCGGCUGGGCCAGAUCCAUUUUGUAUGGCCAUGGAAGAAAUGUGCCACAUCAGAGCCACCUUAGAUUGUUACAAAACAAAUUCAGCCAGCACAGAUACGGAAAGCUAUUGGCUGCAUGAUGAACCCGAUUCAAAAUCAUCACAUUAUCAUGCACAGUUUCAUCCUACUCUAACGCGGGGACCAGAGUUGACAUUGGAUUUGACAACCACGGACAAGCCAUUGGAUUUAACGACCAAACGUUUUUCCUCCUGAUGCACUGCAUAUCAUCCUGAUCCAAUCUACCAAACCAAAGUGCCUAAAGUAUUAGUAUGCUGCUUUAUAUACACACACAAACACAAAAAAAAUCUAGUCUGACCCAAGUCUUCCUAAUAUUAUCGUUUCUUUUUUUUACAUAACAAUUUUUUGUGGUUAAAUUGUUUUCAUUCAAUGUGUAUGUGUUUCUGACUACACACUACCUAUGUGUUUUGAUUUAUACAGACAAAUUAAAAAAAAGACUGUUUUCUACAAUAAAAAAAAAUACAAAUAUCAUGCUAAAGAAAUUUAU